UACAACUCAGUCAAAAUCGUCUUGAUAGCAUAGUAGUUCAGCAAUAGUAAAUCAUGAGUCAUCUUUUUUUUUUUUAUUUAUCAAAGCUAACGCGACAAAGCGCGAAUUUCCAAUCUUUCAAUUUGAUAAAAUAAUAACCCUUUCAACCUUUCAGAUUUGUGUAAUGUUGCCGAUUAUGCGCAAGAGCAAAGUUGAUACUGGCAAAGUAAAGUUGUUACUAGUGAUGUCAGUGACGAUGCACGUUGUCGCCAAACCUUGCAUCUUCACGUCGCCGUUGACUUUACAAUUGCUAUUGGAAUACGCGGAGUGGCGUUCUUGGGAUCAAGUGGUUCUUUUCGAUAAUUUCAGCCCGUUCAAUUGCGUUCUUAAUUAUGCUCGGCCGUUGAUCGAGUGCUUCAGUGAAAAGGGUAUCAGCGUUUCUCUACAAUCAGCAACGAAUCCAAAUAUACCGGACGCUCUUACAAUUCGAACACAUCGGGUCGGCUCGAUCGUACUUUUGGACGGACUCAAUUUGACCUCACCUGAUAAUAUUAUUCAAAUGGCCUCCCAAAAAUUUCUGUUCAACUAUUAUAUCUCCUGGCUUAUGGUGACUACAAGAAGAAAUGACUCCACUAUUGACACCGUUCUUCGAGACCUAAAUAUCGGCAUCGACAGUGAUGUGGUUGUGGCUACUUCACCGCUACCAAAUGACGCUACUGCUUGGAUAUAUGCUCAGAAAUAUCGAGACAAAAUAUGUCGAGCCCUUAGACGAUACGGCGAUCGCUUCGAGUUUACAGGACCUCCGGAAGGACGCAACGUCGAGAACGCCACGAUCAAUUUGAGCUAUGCCACUGAGGAAAAUCGCACAGUGUCUUUCUACUUGAUGCAUACUUACAAAAUACGUCAUUCCGACAAUACGAGUCUGAUUAUCCGAUAUCACGGUUUUUGGAAUCCGGAAUUUCACACCCUUAAGCUACCGAUGAGCGUGAAGCUCAGAAGUGAUUUCAAUGGCCUUCCCAUUGUCUUUGGAGUGUUAAACGGAACCAGUGAUGGACAGACGGACGUUAUUGAAUCGGAGGCUACAGCUAACGAUAUCGCACCGCUUUUGGAUUUUGCCACCAUUGUCACCAAUAGUGUGAACGCCAGCAUCGAGCUGGUGCCACACGAAAAACUUGGUACGUUAACUAAUAAAGUAUGGAGCCAUCUUCUUGGCGAUGUUGUGACUGGCACCGUUGACAUUGGUUUAGGAUAUAUAACGGCAAACGACGAGGAGCGUUGGGCAGAGAUGACGUUUAGUCAUCCUUUGAUACGUUACAUGAGAAAUAUUUAUUAUCAUCCACUAGAAACCGGCACGAUGAGAGAUAUAUUUCUACAACCGUUCGACAAUCGAUUGCUUGGUUGCGUCGCGGGAACAUAUCUUAUCAUGUUAAUUGCAAUGGCGCUGGUUAUAUACGCAGCUAAAUCAUUGUUGCAUAAUGAGGAUGAAAAACACGUCGGAAUUGGGGAAUCUGCACUUUGCUGUUUGAGCAUCAUGUGCAUGCAAGGAUCAUCCUGGACGCCUCGAAGCCCAUCUGGAAAGACCUUGUUGUUAUUCAGUUUAAUGUUCUCCCUUGUCAUGUAUAACGCUUAUGCCGGCUUCAUCACGUCUAUAUUGUCGGUACAGGCUACUGGAAUCAAAUCGAUCACCGACCUUCUUUUUAAUAACUUCAAACUAGGAUACAGUGCCGCCGAUGAUACAUAUAUAAGAAAUGCAAAUGACAGUAAUCUCCGUCAAUUGUACAUAAAGGCGUUUAACAAUCGCGAAUCCCGCCUGGAGACAAGGACCGGUCUCAUGAAAGCUGUCAAAGGACGAUACGGAUUCUUCGUCAGCGCGACUCUCGCACGGCGAGCCCUUAGAACGACCUUCAUACAGGAACGAUGCAUCUUGAAGGAAUUGCUGCUUCCGCAAACGCUUACAAUUGUCGCUCUUCCCAUGGCGAAAAGUUGCCCGUACAGAAAGAUCAUCAAUCUCAAGUAUCGAAGUUAAUGAAUUUAUUUAACACGUUUAGCGCAUCUAAUUCUUAUAGCGUAGAUAAAUUUAAAAUCGCCAAAAGAGAAAAACGAU